CCUAAAUGAGGCAGCUUCGACCGACGAAAUGGAGGAUAUUGGUAGGCUAAUUGAAGUUAUCGACCCAGAAGUUACCAUUGACAACCAAAAAACUUGGAAUUCUCUACAGCUGCAAUCGUUCUUGAACAAUCACACUCAGAAACGUCAUUAUAUGUUUCAGAUCAAGAAGUGUACAUCAGACGAGUGUGCAUACUGUGUGAUCAAUCCUCCUAGACUACCAGAAGACAUCUUCCAGUCUCUUCACUUUGUUCCUGACCCAGUGAUGAGGGGCGGGCAAUAUGUAGUGUUUGAUGACAUAUAUGGAACAGAGACUGAUGAUUCUGCAAGGCCUGGUCUGCAGAAUGUUCAGCCAACAUCUGAGAGGGAUAAGGAAUUUAAAAAAAUUCUGGUAGCAACUAAAGUGAGAGCAUUUAUCACAUGUCGAGAGUGCGGAAAACGGAGAUUGGUUUAUAGCGCAGCAAAACUGACAACUCCUGAACUGAGAUCUGUCACCCGAGUAGAGGAAGAGCUGGUGUACAUCUGUGGAAACCCCCUGUUCUAUGCAGGGAUUCAUAGGGAUCGCAUGAUUGUCAAGGAGGGGCUGUCGUGUAGUUCAGAUAUGGAGUCAUCCUAUUAUGCAGGUAAAACGGUGAUAUUUGAUGAUGUAUGUUUUUAUUGUGGCGAUUCGGAAGUACUGGACACUGAUGAAGUGAAAAGAUUAAAAGAAGAAUUCGGGAUAGUAAGACCAAUCUGCAAACCUUGCAAAGAAAUUAAACCGAUAAAAACUAGAAAUGCGAAGAAAGUGAAGAAACAAAAAUAGUGACUGUUCUGUUCCUCCAAAAGUGACCAUGACUCGGAUUAAGUGUUCCUCUGGGAUAUAAUAGUUUGUCUUGUCAGAAACAUACAUAUGGUGUUAUACUGUUAAGGGUUCCUCCGUAAUAUAUUAAACAGUCUAGUCAGAAACAUACAUAAUUAUGGUGUUAUACUGUUGUGUUUAUGUAUAUGACAUUUUAGGUUCUAGUCAAUUUGAAAGUUUAAAGUUGUCUUGUGUUGGACUCUUUUUUCAUGAAUAUUUAUACUACCGGUAGUAUUAACCCUUUACCAAACGACAAAUUUUGGACUGUCCUAAAUUGAAAGAAGUUGCAGACGACAAAUAUAAUUGAAAUAGAAUAUGAAGAAAUUGAUUUGGUAAGGUAGAAAUCAUUGUGAUAAAAGGAGAUAUUGCUCAACUUGAGCAAUUUCUCCUAUUAUCUUAAUGAUUUCUAGAGUCGUCUGCAACAAACCCGUAAAAUUUGGUUACUGUUUGGUAAUGGGUUAAACAUAGAUUUUUACUCAAGAAAGGUUUUUGAAGCAGGACAUUAAACAAUAAAACAAUAAAGUGCUAGAUUACACUUUAUUUGAUA